AUGAUUUCUUCGUUUGUUACUGCUGCUGUUACCGCUCUUUCUGUGUUGCAAUUGGUUGAAGGUAGAGGAUUUGUCGGGGAUGGGAGUACGCCGGGUAUUGUGAGGUUGGCUGUUGUUUCUAAGACGCCUGAUCCUUCACUCAGAAAACGACAAUUUCCCGACCGCCUCAUAAACGAUGAUUACGGCCUCGAAUAUCUCAUCAACUUUGAAAUCGGCAACCCACCCCAAAACGUGACUGCAGCACUAGACACCGGCUCCUCAGAUACAUGGGUGAACCCUCAAUGCGGAACGGGAAAUACGGUAGACAGUAAUGCUAUCUGUCAGCGGUAUGGAAGGUACAAGCCUGAGAACUCGCCGACUUCGAGGGGAUUGCAGCAGGAGAUGUAUUUGAGGUAUGGGAGUGGAGCCGUGUUGGGGGAGUAUUAUGUAGAUGAUUUACAUUUGGGAGAAACAACAAUCAAAGCACAACAAUUCGGUAUCGCUACACGCAGUCAAGGUCUCGAUACCGGUCUCAUGGGCCUCUCAUUCGGUGAUCAAAUCGGUACUUCAUAUCCCAAUAUUAUAGAUCAGCUUGCCGCACAGAACAUCACGCAGAGUCGAGCUUUCAGUUUAGAUCUGGGAAGUAUUGAUACACCUGAAGGUUCCAUUAUCUUCGGAGGUAUCGACACGAAGAAGUUCUACGGCAAAUUGAGCAGACAUCCAAUUAUCCCCGCUGACAAAUCGCCUGAUGAAUACCCACGCUACUGGAUCAACAUGACCUCCCUCACCCUCCGCCUCCCACCCUCCACCACAACCCCAGGCACACCCCCACCCUCCCCCAAAACCUUCCUCAACAGCACCCUCGCCGUCUUCCUCGACAGCGACGGCACCCUCUCUCAGCUUCCUUCCUCCAUCGUCCGUCCCCUCGCAGCCGCCUUCCCAGGCGCCAAAAACGUCGGCAGUGGGCAAUACACAGUCCCGUGCUCGGCGAUGAAUCAAACAGGGUUUGUGGACUUUGGGUUCGGUGAGAAGAUUAUUAGGGUGCCGUGGAGGGAGUUUGUGUGGUUUGUUGAGCCGGGAUUGUGUGCGUUGGGGGUGGUGGAGGGGGGGAGUGGGGGGAUAAAUGUUUUGGGGGAUACGUUUUUGAGGGCGGCUUUUGGUGGGUUCUUCUGCUCACAUUCUUCCCUUAUUUUUGUUUAGAGAUUUUCACUUUUUACUUUCCAUUUCGAGAUUUUCAACUUUCCCGACUUUCAGGUUCGGGCAUUCUGGCUCUUGUCCGACUGUCUUAAGGGGAGAGAGAAAAAGGGAAAGCUAACCACCCACUUAAAACCAACAGUCGUCUACGACCAAGACAACCUCUCCAUUCACCUCGCCGAAUCCGCCGACUGCGGCUCCAACCUCGUCGCCAUCGGCCGCGGCAAAGACGCCGUUCCCUCCGUAGCAGGCGACUGUACCUCCCCUUCAUUCACGGAUUCGUCAGCUGGUACUCCAGAUUCUUCUAUCGUGACGCCAACGCCAACGCCAACGAUUGCAAUGACGGGCAAGAUGACGACUAGUGUGGUGAAGAGUCUGACUUAGUAGGAAGGUGGUGAGGACGAGUGGGAGUAAGAGUGGGAGUGAGAGUGGGAGUGGGAGGUCGGUUAGUACUGGGGUGGUGUGAUGGGUGAAAUGGGAUGAGAUGGCAUGGGAUGGGAUGGGAUGGGGUGGAAUGGGGUGUGUUGUGUUGUGUUGUGCUGUGGUUGGGGAAAGGGGGCUUAAGCGAGAAUGGGGGGAACGAAAACCCAGUAGGUUUUUUUACCUCACUGAUGUGGUAUGUAACAAGGGUUGCUGCAAGGGAGGAGAAGAUGAAGUAUGAUGUCGAAUGAAAAGUUGAUCCUGGUAUAUUUUUCCUUGGUUGUAUAGGGCAGCUCAUAAAUGUAUGUGGAAGACGUCGAGU